GGUCGUGGAAGGCGCCUCGCAACUGGCGCCAUUGUCGGUGUUGCCAUAGCUGGUUUCCUCUUCGUUGCCUUCUGGGUUCUCUGCUGCUACUGCUGCUGCUUCAGAAAUAAACGAAAGCAACAGCGUGGUCGUCAAGCACACCCUGUCGGCAGCGGAGGUGGGGGCAUGUUCUCCCGGUUUAUGCCCGGACGUCAGCGACAAGGCCCGGGGAUGAUGGAAUCCGGGUACGGACAUGGACAUCACAGUAUCGCCCGACCAAUCCCUUCGCACGGAUACAGAUGA